AUGCGCGUCUCUCUUCUUCAGCCGCUGGUGUUGGCUCACCUCUUCACGCUGGGCUUUGCUCAGGCACAAACACCUGAUUCAACAGAUCCAGUAACCACUGCGGAGAGCAUCUCUGUUGCUCCCACGUCGCCUGCAAACACCGCCAGCGAGAGCGCAACACAACCUACUUCUGCACCUGGAGGCGGAGGAAGUGGAGGAUCUGGGGGCAGUAUUGGAGGCUCAAGCAACUCUUCUCUUGGCCCUCCUGAUGUUCACCUCAAAGUCCCUGAACUCUCUGUCGGGCGCAUUGAGCUAGACGUCGACAAUCUGCACGCAGAUAUCAACCUUAAUGCCGAUAUUGCGAAGCUUGUUCAGAUCAACGCCGGUAUCCAGAUUGGCAUCGAAAAGGUCAACAUCACUAUUGCCGAUGUUGAAGCCGAGCUUGAGCUCGUUGUGCGACUAGGCCAUCUGGUCGAAAUUGUCAACCGCACUCUGGCCUCUCUCGAUCUCAACCCCGCGCUCAUCAACCUCCUCGACUCAGUCGGCGAUAUUGUCGAGGGCGUCAUUGGCGUCGUGGACGGUCUUCUUGGCUCCAUCACCCAGGGCGACACCAAGCUCAACUUCCUCAUUGACAACCUCGGCAACAUUGUACAGUCCGUCGUCAAGGGCGGUGGCGAUGCCGUGGACUCCAUUGUCGGCAACUACAAGCAGAACAUGACUUUUACUGGCCAGGAGAAGACCUUGGCAAACGGACUCUUGCAGAAAACGUAUGAGUACGCGGAACUGAGUUCAUUGGUUAAUAUCGUUUUCAACAAAGCUGGGCAAAUCGUGCAGGCGCAGGUGGUGAAGGGUGGCGCUGGGGGUGAUGGCGGUGAGAGGCCUAGUGGUAGUGGUACUGCGUCAGCUACAGCUAAGCCGACGGCGACAUCUGCAGCUAGCCAGACUGAGGCGACAUCAACUACGUAG